AUGAUCAACAGAACUCUGAUUAGUCUUCGAUUGAAGAACUAUGUCAAUGAUUCGCCAUUCAUUUCCAGUUCCAUGAAGUACCUAAAAGUCAAAAGUUCAAGUUUUGAUCGAUUCUUUUCUUCUUUUGCAAAAGGAUACAUUCAAAAUUCUUUUUAUGAAUCAACUAAGUUUAGUUUAUUCUUAAAAACGCCAUUAGAUGUAUCAGCUACACAGUAUGACGGAUUGAGAGGCCCCAAUUUUAUUAAUUCAACACAGGAUACACUUGAUAUUACGGAUUGUUUAUUUGUUAAGCUUCAAUCAUCAAAACCAAAUCCAUCUGCGAUCGUUUAUUUACCAUUAAAUGCCAACUCUUCGUUGAAUAUAAAGUAUUCUACAUUUUUAUUGUGCAACAGCGAAGGCCCAAGAGGAACAAUAUAUGCAAACUGCUCGGAUUUCUUGUUAUCACAAACAUGCUUUAGAGAAUGUUACUCACAAACUGGUCAGGGAAUAAUUUUACAACUUAAUUCGACAAAUCUUGAAUUUAACUCAUCAAUGAUAACAACAGAGAACGCUUUAAGUUUAACUUCUGAUACUUUACUUGAUAUAAAUACCCAGAAUGCUAGAUUUUCAAAUAUUAAUCUCACAGGAUUGAUUUCUUCUGGUUUUGGCUUCAUUAAGAAUACAGGAUCAUCUUAUAUAUCUAAUUCUGUCUUUAAUAACGUCUCUUCUACUGGUUUUAUUCAAUCACAAUCAAUUGAAUUGUUUAAUGUGUCUUUCAUCAAUAUUUCAUGCAACGAAAGCCUUCUUUUAGGAGAAGGAACUGCAUCUGAUAUUUAUUUUGUCAAUGUUACAACUCCAUCUGCUGUUUCUGGAAAAAUAAAUUUCAAUAAUAUUUAUUCUGAUGGAUCUAUCAAGUUAGAUGAUUAUGUAGAUGUUAUAUCUGCUUCUUUUGAUCAAAUUCCAACGUUCGGACUUGAUUCAAACUCAUGUUUGGGAUAUGAGAUUCGAAACGACGGAUACAACACAACAUGGCACUCUAUAACAUACUCUGUUGCAUAUUCUACAUAUAUCUAUGUUGGAUUCAUCGUAUUACUUGUAAUUGUUUAUUUAAUUUACAGGAAGAAGCUGAAGCAGCCUGUUGAUGCAACUGUUCAGACUGAAUUCAUUUCUGGUAGCGAUUGGGAUGAAAACGAAGGAAUUCGUGAAAUUAUUGAAGAAGUCGACGAAAACGAGGCAAAACCGGCCAAAGAACCUACAAAAGAGUCACCUUUACUCAAUGAUCAACAACAAAAGAUCUAA